AUGCUACGCUCGCCGGUCUCACCGGAGCGAGCCUCCAGAUCUCCCGCCCACCCUCGUCAAUCCUUCGACGACGAAUUGGACCGACCCGGCUCCUCUGGAAGUGAUGCCUCUUCGAUUACGUCCAAUAUGACUACGGUCUCUGCCAUCCCGCCUCCCCUUCAGUACCCUGGCGCUGCACCAGGAUCGCCUCGCCCCCCUCGAACCUCGUCGAUUCCCAACAUCAACAGCAGCAGUACCAACCUAGGACGCCCUUCAGCCACUUUCAUGCCAUAUCAUGAGCCCUCCAGCAGAAAGCCGUCGGGCCGGGCUCUCCCGCCCGAGCUGCAGAAGCAUCGCCCCCGUCAUCACUCCCAGGGCUUCUUUGAGCCAUCCCUACCCACCGCCUCGAUAUCCGACUCCACCCUGUCAGCCUCCAGGAUCGCUGCGCAAGCUGCGAUGUCGCAGCAACAACUGGCUGCGCAACACCCACCAAAGCGUUCCCAGGCGGUCUUCCUACCUACCGAUGAUGGGACGCGGACGCUGAGACCCGCUAGCACGUCGCCGCCUCCCCCGCCGCCUCCCCAAUCUCUAGCUCCUCACCCUGGGUCAGGAGGAGGUCCGUCAGGACAACCAUAUCAGAAUGGUCAGUCUGGAGGACAUGCGCAUACGGCAACAACCGCAGCCAAUGUAGCAUUCCCUAGGCAACCUGGGCUGCAACCUCCCGGACUGGAGCAAACGCCCCCCGAAAAGGAGCACAAGCAUAAAGGCGAGAAGGAGAAGUCAUCCAAAAAGAAGUUAUUCUCAAAGCCAAAGCAUAUCGGGAUCAGUCGGGACAAAGAUGGAUUUAUGAAAGACAGGGGUCUGCCGUCCCCCAGCAAGAUGGGGAUUCCCGGAGCCAGCGGACUGUCCCGCAUUGUCAGCGCCUCUACGACCAGCUUGGCGGAAACAUUCCCAUCGAGCAACUCGUCGAUGUACAACCUGUCCAACGCGUCGGCAAGUACGGUAGUGCCGGCUGACAAGGGUACGGGUGGUGAAAAGGAGAAGGAGAAAGAGAAGGAUAAGGACAAAGCGCAUAAACAUCAUUUCUUAUCACGACAGAAAUUGAAACUGAAGGAUCGCGAUGACCAUUACAACUUGCCACUCUCGUCUGCCUCGAGCAACUCCAAACCGUCAGAUCCAAAUGCACCCCAGUCGCUCUACUCGUUUACUCCUAUUUCUCCCAACGCGGCGUCCACCACCUUCAGCAAGUCGGUGAGUGGGUUAGAUCUCCUGCAUGGCGGGCGAGCCCUACGGGAAAAGAAAAAGGAGGAGAAAGCCAUGGCCGAGUCGGAGCAGCACGAAUGGUUAGCAAGUUCAGCAGCUUCGGUCGGAUCACAGGCCGCGUUCGCGGGACCGUCGUCGCUGGGGAGUUCGACGGGGAUUCUCGCCGAGGCCACUCUGAGGGAGACCCUACAAGGCUUCGGACUCAACAACAUGUCUCCGGAGGAUGCAUGGGACUUUUUGAAAGCGAAGCUUUUAGUGAUAUUUGACGGGGAGGACGUCCGCAUCGCUAUCGAAGAUCUCAACAAGCUGGUGUUGAUCCACAUUCAGCGUUGCGUGCAGAAACGCACCCCGGCAGCCAUUGUCGAUGAUCUUCGGGAGUUGGUAGAAACAGGCUGUGCGUCCUUGAAUCAUACGCUGAAUGGGGUACCCGAUGAGAAGAUGGUUCCCCAUCUGGUGCAGAUCUGGAUGCUUGUGUUUGGCACGAUUCUUCCAUUCAUCCAGGCGGUUUUUCUGCCCCUGGACCUUGAGUUCAAGGGAUGUGGGACUGUGAUGAAUGUACGUGAGGCCAACGAAUUUUGGUCGUCUCUGUUGAAUGGAGACUACCCUAACUGCGAACUUGAAGUUCGCAACCUGCUUUUGGUCGCAUUCCGUGACAAGGUAGUUCUAUAUCGGUACGAAGGCCUCAAGGCUACAUUUUCCCGCCUAAGCCUCGACAGCAUGAACCUGGGCAAUGCCGCACUCAGCGUGACCACUAAGAGCAGUGUCAACAGUGGACGGCCUGCAACCGCAGCGUCACUCGACGCCGGUUUCGGCAGCUAUUGUUCCCAGUCGUCGACGCUCCUCAACGCUGCAGGCAGCUACUCAUCUGACUCCAUGAGUUGCAACCGCAGCCGCGCUGCGUCCAACACCUCGUCGAACCCUGACCAGCUUAUCUUCCAGUCGUUCUCGUCCCCAACGCAACGGCCCACGAUCAUCCAUCGGUCCGCCGGCACGGCGGACACGUCACAAGUCAUCACUGAAACUGUCGGCCGCAUGCUGCAGUGUCUCAGCGUAAUGAGCAGUGUGCAGACAGGAGACCAAGCGCAAGAAAAGAUCGAAACACUGAGCAAAGCGCUCAAGCACAACUGGCUUGGACGCGGACGGACUGGACGUGAUCGACGAGGUUUUGUCGGGGCUAAGAUCCGACCUGCUAUAGUAUCGCGGACAAGCAGUGAUGAUUCUUCUAGGGGCAUGGGGGAAAGCUUGCAGAUUGGAGAUGGGCGUCAGGAAAUGAGUGUUCAGUGA